GUUUUCUUCCCAUGAUGCAUUGCGACUUGUGUAACGUCCUUCCCUCCAUUGCAAGCCUAACGAACUAUCUAGUGCGUGAUUUCGUGACCAAGCCUAGUGAAAAAGUGUCAAGAGAGGGCCGAAAUGCCGACCUACGCUGUAGUUCAUUGGAUUAAUGAGGAGAAAGCUGGAGUGACCGACAUCGGCAAUGUGCUACCGCCUGAUAGGAAAGAAGGGAAAGUUACGAUGGUCAAACAUAAAAAGAAACGAUGGCCUGCCAAAGUCAUCAUGUUAACAGACGACAAAGUUAAAGCAGAUGAACGUUGCACUCAGCUUCAGUUUGAAAUAGCUGCGGAAUUGAAAGCCAAAGUAGCAACGAAACGAAUUUCUAAACCAUCACAGCCAAAAGGGAGUGCCGCCACUCAGAAGCAGAUCAGCUCAGCCCUUAAUGAGAGAUGCCCUGUGCCAUCUGGCCAAGCAAAGAAGAAGAAAGAGAUAGAUCAAUCGAAGAAGAAAGAUCGUCAAAAUCAAAGAGCUGCUGAAAUGGUAUUGGACGAGAAACUGUCUAAGGACCUUGAGCCAGGUUCCGCCAAGAAGAAGCUCUUUGAAGAUGAUUUAGUUACUGAGGAUGAAUCUGUCCCCAUGACUCCCAACGAUCAAGUUUCUUCAGAAGUACUAUCUCACAAAUCUGAACCAACCUGCAGCAAAUCUGACUCCAAGACUCACAAAGAGCAAGUUUCUUCAGAAGAAAAUUCUCAAAAAUCUGAACCAACCUGCAGCAAAUGUCAUUUGUUGAAGAAACAUGGAAAUGCUGCCAUUGAAUGCUUUUUGUCAGAUUUAGUUAAGUUUUUUGGAAUGGGCCUUGGAGAGAGGUACAAGGAAUGCCCUGACAACGACCAAUUUUAUCAACUGGUUCUGAAACCACUUCCUCCUGGAUUGAAAGUGGUGGAUUUGGUGAAACAUCAUGGUGUCCUAGUCACCAAGGCAGGGCUGUCCAGAAUUUUAUUAAGCGGUGGAGAUGAUCCUAGAGCCCUCGUCAGAGCAGCCCUUACUGAACUCUACGGCAGAGAUCAGCUAAUGAAGAUGUCUGGGACAAAGUCGCUCCAGAAAUAUGUGUUGGAUGCCAUUCAGAGCUUUGUGCAGUCUAACACAACUGAAGAAUCCAGGAAGAAAGCCAAGUGGUCACAGUCUGCUCUAGUGAGAACGUGCAACCAGAUGAGUAGUGGCUUGCGCCACAAGUCCAAAAGCCCUUCUGGUAGUGGAAAGAAGUCCACUAAGGGUCGCACCUCUGAUAGCGAUGACAGUGAUAGUCAUGAACCUGAAGAAAAAGAUGAUGAUGAUGAUGGCAGUGCUGCAGAUUACGCAAGCGGUAGUGAUGAAGUAACUGAAAAGUCUGAUUCUGGCAAGGGUGAAAAAAGGGAAUUGCCCGCCGAUGAAUCCAACUGCACCAAGAAAGCCAGACUGUAUGUGGCAUCACCAGCUAAAACCCUAUGGGAAGUGUCACCUAUCAAAAUACAGCCAAGCCAGUCAGGGCAUCGAAUGGUCCCAUUUGAGGGUGGCAGGCCUUCAUCUAACUCAAGUGCCAGUGUGGGCCAUCAAUGGAACCAGAACCAGCGUCAACAGGAUCCGCCCCCGGCAUACAACCAACUUGCCCCGGUUCCCCCGGCCUACAACCACCUUCCCCCGGUUCCUCCAGUUCCCCCGGUCAGCCACCAUCAGCAUUCGACCUACAUCCAAGGACAACAUCCCGGAUACAACCAAUUUCAACAGCCAGUGGCGCCGGCGCAGUAUGUCCAGUAUCAGCAGCCAAUACCCCAGCAACAGAGCUAUCAUCAGUAUGAUGGGUAUCAGUACCCACCAUACCACCACCUUCCGCCUGGUUCGCAUGGCAACCAGGUGACUCCAAGGACACCCCAGAAGUCACCGCAGAAGGACGCUUCAUUAGGGAGUAUUCUUAUGGACAUUAGUAACAAUUAGGAACACUUUUAAAGGAACAAAUGGCUAACUCUUACUGGUUAACUCUUCGGUUGGCGGCAUCAUUUUAGUUAGUGUAUUCAACUCUAUUGUUUAAUUAUUUGUGCCUGUAAUAAUUGAGUACAAUAUGUAUAAUACUGCAACUUUGAUCGGCAUUAUCUUAUUUAGUGCAUUUAACUUAAUUGUUUAAUUAUUUGUCCCUGAAAUAAUUGAAUACAAUAUGUAUAAUACUGCAACUUUGAUAAUGCUUUUAUUACUCUCUACCUGUUCCACCACCCACAUGGGCACCAAGGCCGGAAGGGCGGGAGAGACGGGUUCCUCCCGAAACC